UAUAUUUUAAGUUCUAUUCAAGCAAUAUAUGCUAUUCACACAUACUCCAAUGUAAAAUGGUUUAUCCUUGAAACUACUUUUUGCGAACCAAAUUUAUAGUUGCUUCCAGGGUAGUGGACCACCUCUUUCACUUAUAGAAAAAGGGAUUGAUUUCCGUUGUAAGGAAUAGAUCUGAAUACCAUUGCAAUGAUCCAACAAAAAGAAAAAGAUUUGGUUUUGGAACUGAUUCCUCAUUUUUAUAGACAAGGAUGGAUGAGGUUUGGGAGCGGAAACUUUUGUCUAAGAAAUUGCGAUCAAGUAGUCUGUGCUAAAGACCGUAUUCAAAGAGACAUGCUACAGGAAGGAGACCUUGCCCAAUUCUCUUUAAGCGAUUCUUCCAAGAAUACCGAUGUUGUGUGGUCUAAGGUUUUUGCCUACAUCUUAGAGAAAAGGAACGCUGUGGCUUGUAUUUUAUCCACUUCUCUUGCUGCCCUUGGUGCUUCUCUUUACAACGGAAAAGACUUUCAUACUCAAUCGAAAGAGAUGAUUAAAGGAAUUCCCAAGGGACAACCUAGCAAUGGUUAUCUUUGUUGUUUUGACUCUCUGAAAGUUCCAAUAAUACACAAUGACACCCUUGAAGGAAUUUUUGAAAGUAUUAAAGAAACGCUUGAAGAAUAUCCAGAAACCAAUGCAAUUCUUAUUCGCGGUUAUGGAGCAAUAAGUUGGGGAUCCACAUGGGAAAAGUCGAAAACACAAAUGGAAUGCUAUGACUAUCUCUUUGAAUUGGAUUAUAAAAUUAAAAAUUUGUAAUUAAAGUAAAAAUAAAUAAAAUAAAUGAAUGAUUCUGUUCCCUUCUAUACCCA